AUCAUACUUACCUGUUUUUGAGUGUUCUGUAUAUAAAGAGACUUCCAAUUUCAGCUGCGUAUGAUGUAACACUAAAGGAAAAUUACCUUGCAUAAUCUUGGUUAAACAGCUUUUCCCUUUAUUUUUUUUUAAAUGAGUCACUUUCCUUCAGGUUGGUUUUAUAUUCAGUCGAAAUGUUCACACAAGAUGGUCUUGGACGUCACGCAAGACUCACUAAAGGCAGCAGCUAAAGUGAUUGUUUGGCCAAAAAAGACAAAAGACAAUGACAAUCAACUCUGGAUGUACGAUCACGGAUAUAUCAUCAAUAAAAACUCGGGAAUGGUGUUGGAUGUGCAGGGAGGAGUUAUAGAAAGUGAUAAGCAAAUAAUUCAAUAUAGAAGGAAAAUGGUAGAAGAUGCUCAUAACCAAAGAUGGAAUUAUAGAGAUGACGGAUUUAUUUACCUUCAAGCCAAUCCUAACCUUGUGCUUGAUAUUAGAGGAAACUGGACCAAGCCAGGCACCGUUGUCUUGUUGUAUGAACGCAAAUAUAAAGAUAAUCUCAAUCAAUUAUGGGAUUUGAUCCCAUAUGAAUCAGUGUCAGAUCAAUCUAGUGUGCUUAGUCCAUCGAUACAAUCACAAGGUACAGAAGUCAAUGACGAUGAUGAUUACGCGUUUAGCUCAGCGAGUUAUGCUUUGUAAAAUAAAUACCUCAUUCUACAUACAUGCAUCUCUUGCAAAAAUCACUAGAUGUAUUUAUGGACCAGUGCGACAUCAACUUUAUUUUCCAGUAGGCUACUGUGCAUGACCUAUAUCACAUGUUUUACUUGUAUAAAAGCUGGCUA